CGGAAGGGCAGGUAAAGCGAAGCAGCCGACGAGUAAACAGCACGCCCAGCUGCGCUCUCAAACGACAGACAUACCGUACGCACAGUACGCACUCGCACCGUCAACCGCGCUCCAGCAGCGAGUGUCGCAGUUGUUACGUACAGUGCCGCUCCGUGACAGACAGAACUUUGCAAACCAGGCGUCUACGCGUGCGCGAGUGGUGCCGUCCAAAUUACAUCGCGCGGCGCAGUUGCUGGCCGUGCAACGUGACUAGUCGGCCGUGCAACGUGACUCACUGACUUGGCCUGUGUGUGGCUUCGCCCGCGUUAUUUUCCGUGCCACGUUCGCGCGGUUAGAACACCAUCUCGCAACAAACUCGCCCGUGCUUCGUUGCUGCACCGAAUAAAACACACCAGUGAGUGUUUUCUGUGUGUUGACUGUCUCCUGCUGUGUUUCUUCCCAGAAUACGCCACAAGUGCCGGAGUUGCUCCACUUUUGUGACAGAUCACCCUCACCGGAUCGAAGGCCUGUUCGCCACCACCAUCGCACUCCACAAACUGUACCCCGCCGCCGCCAUGAAGGAGGAGCGAGAGGCGCCGUCGACGGCCGCGUCAGCACCGGGCACCGCCUCCCCCGCCGCCGGGGCGACCUCCGCGUCCGUAGCGAGCCGCUCCUGCAAGGCGCCGGACUCUGCCUGCUCCGUGGGCAACAGCCAGUCGCAGCGCAGCGGCAGCUCCAAGUCGCGCAUCAGCAACUCUAGCGGCAGCAGCGGCUACGGUGGCCAUCCGUCCACUCUCAGCAGCGGGAAGGACGCGUUCCCGCCGCCGCGAUCCAAAGACAAGGACCACCGCAAGAAGAAGCUCAAGGCGGAGCAGGCGGCGCCGGAGGCUGCGUCGGCCUCCUCCGCCCCCACUGCGGAGGCGGCGGCCGCGCCGCUCUCUCGCUCCAAGACCGACGCCACCUCCGCGGCGCAAGCGGCGGCGUCGCCGGCCGGCACAGCGCCACCCUCCGCCCCCGAGCUGGCGGACGAGGCGGCGCCGGCCGCGGAGGCGGACGCCCAGGCGCCGGGGGCGGCGUCGGCUGCCGUCGGGGGCGCGGGGGGCGUCGCGGCGCCGGACGACGCGUCCGCUGCCUUCUCCCAGUCGCUGUCCUGCCCCUCCAGCUCCAACAGCAACGGAGCCGUGGAGGCGGAAGCAGAGGCAACGCCACAGGAUCAGAAGGAGUGUGGCGCGAGAAGUGGCUCUCUCCACCAGGGGCAGGCGCAGCCGCAGCAGCCCGCCGCCGGCAAUAAGGACGAGUUCACGGUUGUGGUGUCGAUGCAAGAUGGCGCCGUCAUCUACACGUCUCCGUCCAUCACACAGGCACUGUCUUUCCCGCGUGACAUGUGGGUCGGCAAGUCCUUCAUCGACUACGUGCACCCUGACGACCGGCUGGCCCUCAUACAGAACAUCACUUCAGGCGUCGCACUGCCUCGCCGCAAGGGGGGCAGCAGCGAGUCGUCCGCCAAGGCCCCGUCGCAGGCACCGCUGUUCUGCCGGCUGCGGCGCUACCCGUCGCUGCGAGACGGUUUCGCCGUGGCGGAGCGCCGGCUGGUGCACCGGCCCUUCUCUCUGCAGCUCUCCUUCUACGAGUUGCCCGCCUCCGCCUCCGGGGGCGCGCCUGCCGCCCUGCCCCCCGGCGUGCUCCUCACCGUCACCGCCACUGCCGUCUGCUCGGCCUACACCCGGCCGGACGAGAAGCCAGCGGGCGGCAACAGGUUCUCGACACGCCACCAGGCGGACGGGAACCUGACACACGUGGACAGCGAGGCGGUGUCGCUGCUAGGCUACCUGCCGCAGCAGCUGCUGGGGCGGCCCGUCUUCGACAUCUACCACCCGGCCGACCUGCGCGGCCUGCAGCGCGUCUACCGGCAGCUGGUGAGCAAAGAGUGCGAGUCGACGCUGCACGGGGAGCCUUACCGGCUCCGCACCCACAAUGGCUGCUACACGCGUGUCCGUACCGAGUGGUCCAGCUUUGUCAACCCCUGGACCAAGCGGCUGGAGUUUGUCGUCGGGCAGCACUGCGUCCUGCAGGGUCCGAGCUGCCCAGACGUGUUUGCGGAGGCUCAGGACGAGGAGAUGUUUGGUGAGGAGCUGCUGCAGGAGAGCAAGGCCGUCCAGAAGGAGAUCCUGCAGGUGCUGCAGGAGGAGGUGUGCCGCGGCGAGCCCGGCACGGACAGGCGCGACGUCUCCAAGCGCUGCAAGGACCUCGCCAGCUUCAUGGAGUCACUCAUUGGCGAGAUUGGCAAGCCCGAGUUGCGUGUCGAUCCGGCCGCCGCUGCCGCUGCCAACCGGAUCGGAGCCAACUUCUCUGAACGCAGCUCUGUGACGUUGGGCGAGAUAUCGCCACACCGCAACUACUAUGACAGCAAGUCGUCGUCAGAGACGCCGCCCAGCUACAACCAGCUCAACUACAACGACAACAUCCAGAGGUUCUUCGAGAGCAAACCGAAGACAAUCCCGUCAGACGAUUCCGGUGAGCGGCUGAUGGCAUUGGAGCCGACCAGCCGCAGCACUGACGAAGACACCAAGGCUGCCGCCGCUACCAACGACAGCCGUGCCACCAGGAACUGCUUGUCGCCGGUGAAUGACACCGGCUCUGGAUCCAACUCUGGCAGUGGGUCGGGAUCUGCCGGCGUGUCUGCCAACAACGUCAGUGUCGACACCGCAGAGGCCGAGGGAGACUACAAGCCGCCACAUCUCACUGAGGCGCUGCUUUCCAGGCACAACGAAGACAUGGAGAAGAGGAUGGUUCAGCGGCACCGCGAGCAGCGCAGCAAAGGCGGCGACGGGAAGUGCAAGAGGCCCCACCACUGCCAGCCGCCGGUGCUGGCAGACAAGGCGCACGUGGAGAGCGCGGCCCCUCCCGCAGUGGCCGCCCAGGUGCCGGCGGGUGCGGCGGCCCACGGGACGAAGCGCAGCGGCAGCCACUCGUGGGACGGCGAGCCGCUCAAGGCCAGCAAGCACUCGCACGCGCCCUCGCCGCCGGCCGCCCCGCCGCCCCCGGCGCCCCUCCGAGACGAACUGACAACUCUGCUCGUCUGCUGCAGGAACUUCUGCACGGGCGGCUGCUCCCACGCGGCCCCGCAGAUCCUGCCACUGUACUACCUGCCGGCUCCGACGCCUGCCUCCGCCGAUGCCACUCCUGUGGGGAGCGGCACCCGCCCCCACCAGCAGCCACACGCCCCCGCCGCCUUCCUGCAGCAGCAAGGAGGCCCGCUGCCGUACGUGGCGGCCGGCGUGCUCUACCAGGCGGCCCCGCUGCUGUACCCGCUGGCCCCGCCGCCCCCGCCGUCCCCGUCACACCUGCUGGCGCUGCACCAGCCGCUGCUGCACCACCACCAGCAGCACCACCAGCACCCGUCCACCUACCAGCUGACGGGAGCAGCCAGGAGCGGAGUGUCGGCGCCGGUGCCGCUGCCGGAGUCGGCCUGCCAGCAGAGCUCCGUCGGGCAGCAGCACCAAAACCAGCACCGACAGCACCACCAGUCGUACCAACACCAGCCGCCACCGCCACUGCCGCGGCCCGCCUCCUGUGCCACUUCCGUCAAAGUGGAGCCCGGCUCCAGUGCGGCCUCUGUCGCAGCUUCCGUGCUCAACAGGGGCGCGUCAGACGGCUCACAGAAAUGCUGCCGCACAUCGGGCGAGGAGGAGACGGAAGCAGAGGACAGCGGCUCGGGGUCCGGGCUGCGGGGGCGGGGGCAGUCGAGUUCCUCCUACACCUACUCCUUCCUGCGCUCCGACGGCGACAGCUGUCGCGAUGCGGACGGGGCCGCCACGGGGGCAGAGGACAUGCUUUGGGAGAGAAUGGAUAAUGGUUCAUCUGAGGGAACAUCGAAGCGGAGACCUAUCCUGAAGGAUCCACCGUGGCUGGAGAACGUGGAGGUGACCCCGGACCUGAUGUUCAGGUACCAGGUGUCUGAACGCGAGUUGAAUGCUGUGCUGAAGGAUGACCUGCAGAAGUUGCGGGCUAUCUCACAGCCGAUGCUGGUGAACGAGCAGCUGGGCCAGCUGUACCUGGACAUGGCGCGCGCCGGCGGCAAGGAGCUGGGCUUCGAGGAGGGCGAGCUCACUUCCAGCAGCUCGGGGUCUGGCAAUGACAGUGCCGGGGCGGAAGCCGGUGCCACGAUCCACAGGACUCGCAAGAAGCGGCGCAGUUUGGAGUACAGCAAGCUGGUGAUGAUCUUCGAGGAGAAUGCACCGAUGCCGUCACCCGUAUCGCAGCCGGCGUAGUGGACGCCUCCCAGUCGUAGCCCCCAGGGGGCUUUCUCCAGCAACGCGCCACCACGCAACACCCGCGUUCCUCGAAGGGGUUCGGCCCCGAGCUGCCUGCAGAUCUUCGGGAUCUGGAAGCGCUCGUCUGCCGGAGCCGACCCUUCCGGACAGAGUCCAACGGUUCACUCGCGAGACGGAGGAGCGUCGCAGGUGCCCGCAUCCUGCCCGCGGUACGGCCUCUCCCGCCACCUUUGCCGUGCACCUCUGUGGGAGUCACUGGACCAGGUGUCUUCCCGGAGGCACCAGCACGGGAAUUCACCACAGUUUCCCGCAAGAGGAAAAUGGUCCCGAAAUGGGAACGGCGCAUUUUCCCUCGUGGGAAUCGCAGCCCGGUUGUCGAGCCUACUUCCCCGUGUACCUGAAAAGCGGACAGACAGUGAUAGAUCCCAGACUACCGAAUUUCCUUUACCGUGCAGGACUGCAGAAUGUUCCGCUCACCACCAUCUGUCUGUGUCUGCUCCUUCUCCUUGUGUGGAAUCUUCUACAGUGCUCUGCCCGGACAGUAUUAUACCUUGUACCAUCACCGCGCUGCUUUCAGUGUGUCGUGUUCAAAUGUUCAAAGUGUCUGCACGUGUUCUGCUUCUAUAUCAUUCAGAGCAGAAAAUGUGUAAAGUUGCUUACAUCCAUUUUUUUAUUGCGAUGGGAGCUACAAGACCGAGGGAUCUACAGGCAUCUGGGAAGUAGUGCUGCCGUCGUCGCACCAGUUCCGAGGGACUGGUGGAACGAACGACAACAAGAACGGAGGGCGAGACCGGUUUUCCGGAUCUCGCCGGGAUGCGAGGUGCACGAAUGUACGUCACCGGCUGUACCGUCCGUACCUCCGUCUCCGGGCUCGGCAAAUACGACAGCACACAGACUUAAUUAAUUCUCAGUGAGACUGAGCAGUGUUUUAUGAAAAUGAGCAAGGAUGUUUAAGGAAAAGAAGAGAAAUGAUAUCUUGUUUAAAUACAACAGACUGAAGAAGAAAAAAGCUGAAAUCAUUUUCAUUAAACGUAUAUGUUAUCAGAAGCUGUGGGAUGCUAGUCAGAUGCCAACUUUGGAAUUCAAAGUCGAGAAAAUUUCUUCAUUUUUUUCCUCUGUUCUGCUGCGCUUCAGCACUUGCUUCAUUUUUGAGCAAGUUCUUCCUAAUCCACCAUUGUGGAUCCUACGAUAAGAGACUAUAUUUUGUGCAAACUUUCAAACUCUAUUGAGACUUAUUUAUUUUACACUUUUCUUACUAUAGUCCAGUAUAAGGGCUUGUGAAGCCUGUACUGACUAGCUUUUGUACAUGUAGUUAUGUAAGUUGCAAGAAAUACUGCACAUUUAUUUUGUGUGUGUCUGUAUAUAUACAUAUAUUUGUGGAUAUAUUUGCUAAAUAACUUCGAAAUAAAAAAAGUUAUUUUUAA